AUGCGAGUGGAGGAGGACCGGAGAAUUUUACCCGCGUUCGCGGCCGGCGUAGCGGGGGUAGCCUAUUGGCAUGCAAAUGACAACAACAUAGCAUUCGCGGACUCUUCAGUUCGGCCGUCUGAAGAGAUGACGGAGGAACCAAAUAGUAAGGUUCAAAUACCAAACCACCUAACCUUGUACAACGGAAGAAGAGCAAGGCUUGUGGGAUUAGGCAUAAGGACCGUGUCACUUUUACGGAUGAAGGUAUAUGUCAUUGGGAUGUAUAUUUCUGAAGAUGAUAUUGGAGUAUUGAAAAAUUGGAAGGGAUACGAUAAAGAAAAAUUUUUGUCGACGGAUGAUGAUUCAUUAGCUUAUGAAUUGUUGGGUCAACCGGUCGACAUCGCGAUCAGAAUAGAGCCUGUGAGAAACACCAAUGGACAACACCUAAAAGACGGAUUUACCCGUACCCUUACAAAUAGGAUGCGCGAAGGUCACCUGGAUGAAGAUGAGGCCGAGCAAGCAUUAGAAGCCCUUAAAGAAUUUAAAUCAAAAUUUCCACGGAUAUCGAUAAAAGCGGGCACAUCGUUGAUCCUGACGAAACAAAGGGAUGGCAAUUUAAGGAUGGAAUAUGAGGGGAAAGAUUUCGGAGUGAUAAAAAGCCCAUGGCUGGCUAAAAAUUUGUUUAUGGGCUAUUUGACUGCAAAUAACCCUAUUUCCAAAGAGCAACAACAAAAAAUCAAAUCGCCACCUUCUUCCAACAAUAACAAUAACACGACGACACCUCGGAAGAGCGGCGGUAAUCUAAAUCUCUUGCGGCGAAUGAAAGGUGACGGUUCAACUUCUGCCACCUCCAACAGGCAAAUGGACGAAAAGGAUAAACUGAUUACGUUUUUGAUGUUGCCGGGAAUUCAUGGAUUUUAA